UCCAAGGCUCCAACUCAGCAUACUUUCACACCCACCUACCUUCCUCUGCAUUUCUCAACACACAUCUAGUACAUAUCUAUAUAUUUUCUUUGCUUUAAAGCUUUUGAGAGAUGAUCUCCUCUUUAACACUCUUCUUGCAAUUCAAACUUCCUCUUAACUAAUGAGAGCAAUUUCUUCACAAAAUUGAUACAUACAUAUAUCAUAUAUGUAUAUAUAAGUGGUCCAUCCAGUGGAAAUGCAGAACCCAGGUUACACCAAUGGGAAAAUUUGGUUUCAAACUCAUUUUUUCAGUUGCUGUUUCUCUGUUUUUUUUGCCAAACUCCAGGUCCACUGUGUUUGGGGUUGCAGCAGAUGAGCCAAUUGAAAUCGUUGAGACUGCAGAAGAUACUAAUAUUGCAUAUCCUAGCACAACCAACUGGAAUUUAGAAUUGGACGCAGAGGAAGAUGCAUGGGAAAUGAUACGGAAGAAUGGCAACCAAUUUGUGGUGAAUGGCCAGCCUUUCUAUGUUAACGGAUUCAACACAUACUGGCUGAUGGUGUUUGCUGCUGAUCAAUCCACAAGAGGAAAGGUAACUGAGGUCUUCCAACAAGCUUCUUCUGUUGGUCUGACAGUUUGUAGAACUUGGGCUUUCAACGAUGGUCAGUGGCGAGCUCUUCAAAAAUCUCCCUCAGUUUAUGAUGAAGACGUUUUUAAGGCCUUGGAUUUUGUCGUCAGCGAGGCAAAGAAGUAUAAGAUCAGGCUUGCAUUGUCAUUAGUCAAUAACUGGGAUGCAUAUGGUGGCAAGCCACAAUAUGUCAAAUGGGGGAAAGAUGCUGGUCUUAAUUUGACAUCAGAUGAUGACUUUUUCUCUCAUCCAACUCUCAGAAGCUACUACAAGGCUCAUGUGAAGGCGGUGCUCAAUAGAGUCAAUACAAUCACAAACAUAACUUACAAGAAUGAUCCUACAAUAUUUGCUUGGGAAUUGAUGAAUGAGCCUCGAUGCACCUCAGAUCCUACUGGAGAUAAGCUGCAGUCCUGGAUACAAGAAAUGGCAGUCUUUGUGAAGAGCAUUGAUGCAAAGCACUUGGUAGAGAUUGGAUUGGAAGGAUUUUAUGGUCCCUCUGCACCAGAAAGGACUCAGUUCAAUCCCAACUCUUAUGCUACACAGGUCGGAACUGACUUUAUCAGGAACCAUCAAGUUCUUGGUGUUGAUUUUGCUUCUGUUCACAUUUAUGCAGAUUCUUGGAUAUCACAAACAAUUUCUGAUGCUCAUCUCCAAUUCAUCAAGACGUGGAUGGAAGCACACAUUGAAGAUGCUGAGAAAUAUCUGGGAAUGCCUGUUGUUUUCAGUGAGUUUGGUGUAUCUGCAAAAGACGAUGGUUACAAUUCGAGUUUCAGGGACACACUUAUCAGCACAGUGUACAAGACCCUUCUGAACUCUACAAAGAAGGGAGGGAGCGGAGCGGGGAGCCUUCUGUGGCAGCUCUUCCCUGAAGGGACAGACUACAUGGAUGAUGGUUAUGCAAUUGUUCUUUCAAAAUCUCAUUCAACAUCAAACAUUAUAUCCCUUCAUUCCACAAGAGUUGCCAUCUUCAACUCCAGGUGUUCUUGGAAAUGCCGCUGGGGUUGCAAGAAGAAUCGUUUUGAUGCAUUACUUUACCAUGAUGAUCUAUAAAGGUGUGUUCAUAAUAGGAGAAAGCUAAAUUGCCCAACCACUUAAAGGAAAACAGUGUUCUAAUAGCUAUUGUAACAAUAUUUACUUGUUUGUACUUCGAAAUGCUUGAACAUUGGUGUGGAUUGAUAAAGGAAUACAAAUGUUUACUUCAUCAACUGUA